AUGGUGGUUGUUGGCGGUGUGAACACAAAUUAUCGACAUUAUGCGCUGGUGAUUGUCCUAUUCUUCUUUCUGAACGUUUAUCUGCUUUAUUCGGCUCAGAACUCGGUGCAAAUUAGGAAAGAUGAAGGGGAAACAAGGGAAAAGUUCCAGACUCCAAAGGUUCCCCUAGUUGAUCCAAUUUCUACCUGUGAAAUUGUUGAUGAGCUGGCAAAGAGCGCGAUUUCCCGUGCCACGUCACCCGGCUGCAAAUCCAAACUACAACUCGAAGCUUGUCAACUCAAAAAUGGGACAUUCUCAGAAUCCUUCCCCCAAUCCACAUGCUCAAACCACCAAGACGCUCUAAUCGACCAGCGAAUCGGGUGUUUUCUGGAUAAGAAAGAUGCGCGGGUCCUAAAAGAAUUCGAGUACAAAUUCCCGCAAUCGAAUUCCAAAUCCACGUGUCGCAAGAAUUGCUACAAAGCUGGUUUUCUGUAUUACGGACUGGAAUUUGGGUUGGAGUGUUUUUGUGGCAAUGACGUGGCAAAUGCGACGGAAAUUGAUUCUGGAGAAUGUAGAAACUACAAGUGUCCAGGAGCCGAAGACGAGUUUUGUGGAGGGUUCAAUGCCGUGGAGAUUUUUAGGACUGACAAACUCGUUAUGCUGAAGCCAAAAUAUCUGCCACCAGCUGAAAAUGUGUCCAAACCGCCCAUCAAGAUUCUAUUCCUUCUCCAGCUAAACGGUCGGAACGAACGACAAGUCAAACGAUUCCUAAAAUCAAUAUAUCUUCCCAACCACUACUAUUACAUUCAUGUGGACAAACGACAGAAUUACAUGUACUCGGAAAUGGCGAAAAUCGCUGAAAAAGUGCCGAAUAUUCACAUAACGAGCACUAGAUACAGUACGAUUUGGGGCGGAGCCUCGUUGCUGCAAAUGUUUCAACAAGUGAUACGGGAUUCGAUGGAAAUUGAGAUGUUCAAGGAUUGGGAUUAUAUUUUCAAUUUUUCCGAAAGCGAUUUUCCGAUUUUGCCGAUUCAGGAUUUUGAGAGAUUGAUUACGGAACACCAAGGCAAGUCGUUCCUCGCAUCGCACGGCUACAAUACUGGAAAAUUCAUUCAAAAACAAGGUUUCGAAUUCGUCUUCUCCGAGUGUGACCAACGAAUGUUCCGCAUCGGAAAACGCGAAUUUCCUGAAAAUUUGCGCAUUGAUGGCGGCUCGGAUUGGGUUGGAAUUCAUCGAGACCUUGCGGAAUACUCGAUUUCCAACGAGGAGCUGCCUCAGAAACUGCGAAAAACGUUUGAAAGUAUCCUGCUGCCACUGGAGAGCUUUUAUCAUACUUUGGCGUUCAACUCAAAGUUUUGUGACGAUUUAAUGAUGAGCAAUUUGAGAUUGACCAAUUGGUUGAGGAAGCAGGGAUGUCGUUGUGCUUCUUUGAAGCAGAUUGUUGAUUGGUGCGGUUGCUCGCCGUUGGUUUUUAGAGAGGAUACGAAGAUCAAGUUUGAGAUGCAGAAAGCAAUCUCCAAACCCACGUACUUUGCUCGAAAAUUCGACAGUAUGGUUGAUAUUGAAGCCAUUGAAUCGGCUGAGCAACAAUCCAUGUCCACCUCGAAAAUCCAAAUGGACCACCCAACUUACCAUUUCGCCUAUGCCAAUAUUUUUAAAUUUGGAAUCGACGAGGAAAAAAUUGCUCAUAGAAGCCUAGCGUCCUUUGCUUUAAAUACCAUCAAAUCCCAUGAAAAAAUGGCGAAAAUCGUGCAAAUCGACGCUUUGCGAGCUCAUCACAACGCUCAAAUAGAGAUUGUGAUGAAGGUGGAGACGCAGAGUGGGGCGAAUUUCGAAUUUUUGAUUCAUCGAAAAUCCCAUGUCAAUUUAUCAACGAGUGGAGCCUUGGAGGUCGAUGGUUACGUGUUGAAAGACGUGGUUUAUGGCACGAAAUUUGAGUGGAAAGAGGAAAUUUGCAGAGAGUAUAUGGGUUUUGUGACGGAGAAAGACACGCUGCACACCCGUUUGGAAUGGUCACCAACUGAACGUGUGAAGAAAAAUGACAAAACGAGCCCGGAAAUCGAAUUCCAGUAUAGAAAUGGUCCGGAAAAAAUCGAUAAAUCGAUUGUGAAACCGUACGAUUCGGUGUUCGGCGGACAGUUUGAUAGUUGGGAUGUUGGGAAGAGACUCUCCAAUCUCUCCACGUGCCCCGAUUUCUUCGUCGACGUCUUCUCUCCAUCUUCAUCAGAAUCCCCUCUCGCCACCCUUCGUUUCUCGGUCUACACCGAACAAAAUGUCGAUUGCCACGUGGCAUAUCUCCGCGACUUUUUUGAAAUCGUCGAUUUUUGCACUUCUGAGACGGCGUGCGGCGAGAAAAUCUGGAGCAUGAGCUAUCCGGACCCCAAAUCGGAUAUCCAGGUGGGAUGGGACGAGGAGGCGCGGAUUUUGAGAUAA